AUGAUCUGCUACAAAAAAAAAUUCUUUUCGAUACAAAAAUACCACAUUUUUAUGUUAAAGGAUGAGAUUCAAUUUUCUAACGUAUAUUUAAAAGCAUUAUUAUAUAGGAUUAACAUUCUUUAGUAAUUCAACUUAACUCAUUUGAACCAAAAAUAAUGUGGAUAAAAAAUGAUAAUUCAGAUAUCAUCUCAUUUGAAUUGUCAAUGAAUAAAAAAAAGUCGAUAUAUAAAUUUGUUCCUCAUAUAGGAAAGCUUUUGAAGGAAUUUAUGAAUGGAAAAGUAUGUUUUAAAGGAAUAAAUAAUCAUUAUAAGAUUGCCUAAUUUAUUUAGAAAAGAAAUUAUGGUUCUGUAUAUAUGUGAUAUCUAUAAUUAUAGAUAGUUCGCAUGAGAAACAUAUAUAAUGAGGAAUUAGUCACUUGCAAAAUUAUAAAAUAAGGAAGAGCAGAAAUUGAGCAAGUAUAUUUUAUCAUCACAUUAAAGGUAUUCAGAAAUGAAGUAAUGGCCCUUCAAUUCUUAAAGCAUAAAAAUAUCCCAAAAUUAAGAGAAUAUUAUAUAGAGACUCACCAUAAUUAUAUAAUUUAUGAAUUUAUAGAAGGGGCUUCAUUGGAUAAUUAUAUCAAAAAAAAUAUACUUAAUAAAGCUCAAAUUUUUAAGAUUAUGAAGGUAUUAAUCUAACUAUUAUAAAAGGAUUUGCUAUCAGUAGUUGAAUACUUACACAAAGAGGAAUUUAGCCAUUAAAAUAUCAAAUUAGAGAAUAUUUAUUAUUGUUCAAUGUUAGAUCAAAUCACUUUAAUUGAUUUCGGAUAAUAAAAAACUAAUAGUAUUAAUAGUUUAAGAUAAAUUUAAUCAAUGAAUUCUUUAUCUACUAAAGAUUACAUUGAUUUAAAUUCAUUUACUAGUAGAGAAUUCUCAAUGGAAAAGGAUUAUGUGGAUUGCGGAAUUAUUUUUUACGAAUUGUAUUUUUAUCUAAAUUAAAAAUUUAGAAUCACUCGAAAAAUAGUGGCAAAUUAAGAUUUAGUAAAUUUAGAUGAAAAUAGACAAUUUCAUCAACUUUUGAAUGAAAUUCAUAAUUAAAAUGUCUCUAAAUUUAUUAUGAAACUUUUAAAUUUUAGUAAUAUAUAAUGUUAAGGAAAAUAAAAUUUAGUUUAGGAUCUUGAUGAACUUAUUCUUCAAGAAUAAGAUAUUGAAAAAUUUUGA